UAUUAUUCCAUCAAAAGGACAUUAAAUUAUUAUAUAAUUAUUUGAAAAAACAAUGUGAAACUUCUCUUUAUACUUUAGAAAAAGAAUUCGAUUUAUCAUCAUGGAAAACUUUAACUGAAUGUACAUUAAUCUUGAUUCAAAUACUCAAUCGUAGAAGAGCGGGUAAAAUUGAAAGACUUACAAUAGCAGAUUACAAAAAUCAGGAAAUAUUAGAUAAAAAUGUAAAUCCGGAUCUUUAUGAGAAACUCUCUGAAGAAUCUGAACAAUAUGCAAAAAGAUUUGCACGAAUAACUAUUCGCGGCAAGUUAGGUAGAACCGUAUCUGUUUUACUUUACGCAAUUGUAAUAAAAUCUAUAGAUACGAUUCUUAAAUAUCGUAAACAAGCUGGAGUAAAAUCUAAUAACGAAUACAUCUUUAGUGUUUCAAACGCUGGUAAAUUAAAAAAAAAAUACUUAAGGGCCUGUCCUCUUAUAAGAAAAUUUUCUCAUAAAUAUGGUGCAACUAUUCCUUCUUCUCUACGGGAAACUAUGCUUCGGAAACAAAUUGCUACGUAUACUGCAAUGUUGAAUAUUGAAGAUACUCAAGUCGAUAAUCUUGCUAAUUUUAUGGGACACGCCAAAGAAAUACACAAAAAUAUUUAUCGAGUACCGGUUCCUGUAAGAGAAAUGACGGAUGUAUCUCGAUUACUGGAGGCAGCAAUGGGAAAUGAAAACGAGAAUGAUAAUAAUGAAGAUGAUAUCUCUGAUACUGGCAGUGUAUCGCAAUUAAGCGUCAUAUCUGAAGAAAUUGCACAAAGAAACAUUUAUAUGUCAGAUUCCGAUGAUAACGAUGAUAAUGAUAACACCGAGAAUUCUACUGAUGCAAAUAGCACUUCUUUUGAAUGUCAUAAUACUUCUCAAAAUAAAAAAGGAAAUUUGAAAUGCAGUAAAGGAAAAAAACAAUCUCGUAAACGUCGUAGCAGUGAGUUUUAUUAUUUAUAUUUAUUUAAUAUGUAUUAAGUAAAUUUUG